UGGCUCUCAACGCAUACAAUGCGCCCGCCCGCACUCGUGGACCGUUACAGCUGGAAAGUUAUUUGCAAUAAAUGCAGUAAAAAAAUACAUUAAAAACUGCAUUUUAAAUUGUUGUUUUAACUACGUCUGUGGCGUAUAAAUAGUUUGUCUUUUGGUCUUUCAGAAGACGUGUUGUCUGGAAUGUAGGCUAGUGGGUGUUGCUUUCUCACAAGGAUUGCUACAAGGUAAACGCUUCGGAUGUUCGCGCUGAUGGUUCCCGAAAAUGAACACAGAUUAUAACAAGCCUGCUCUUGCUCCUAAACCGAAGCUUGUGAGUCACUUCACAUUUAAGUUGUCUUCUCCACUUAUGUCCCGGCCCUGCUCCCCAGCCAGGGGUCCCAAACCUCCCAUCGCCCCCAAACCUAAAGUGCCACAUGACCCCGAGAAACAGGACACCUCCCUGCUUUCCCACAUUGACCAGGACGGUUGUACCAACGGAGGACUGCUGCCUUCAGACCAGGAACUGGAUGAGGAGAACGAGCCGGCACAUUCUCUGAGUGAUGAGGAGAAGAAGCCAGUGCAACCUCAGUAUGACCCAUACAAUCUCAGUCCAGGAAUCAGCAAACCCAAGAGUGGGUGUGAAGAGAUUUUGGAACAGGAGGAGAAGGAGGAUGAGAGGAUGCAAGAGCUAGAGGAGGACUGGAGGCUAGUGGACGGCAUUCUUAAUGAGGAGGUGGACUCUAUGGGAUUCACAGUCAAGUCAGAGGACCUGUUGGAGAUGAACGAAACGGACGUGGCGGAUGACAUCGACGCUGAUGGCUGCUAUGCGGGCGAGGCUCUGGCCGACACCGACGAACUGUCAGUCUGUGACCUCUUCAUCCCCGGAGUUGAGGAGGAGGCAGCGUGCCACCCCUGUGAAAGUGGGCCGGGGGAGGAGGAGAAUGAGGAGGUAGCGUGCCACCCCUACGAAAGUGGGCCAGGGGAGGAGGAGAUUGAGGAGGAAGGAGCGCGCCACCCCUGUGAAAGUGGGCCGGGGGAGGAGGAGAUUGAGGAGGAGGCAGCGUGCCACCCCUACGAAAGUGGGCCAGGGGAGGAGGAGAUUGAGGAGGAGGCAGCGCGCCACCCCUGUGAAAGUGGGCGGGUGGAGGAGGAGAUUGUUGCAGAGGAGAGGAGAAGGGAGGACGAGCACCGAAGAGACGAGGAAGAAGAUGCGGCCGAUAGCGCUGUGGACGGAGUAACGCAAUCUCUUUCUGAGGAACCCAUAGAUCUUGUCGUCAGCAUAGGGGUGACUUCUUUUCAGGGGGAGGUUGAGGAAGAAGCAGAAGAAUCCUUACCUAACCUAUGUAACCCACCGACCGACGAUGGAUAUGAUGUCAUUUGUCAUUCAGAAGAGAGAUCAGAAAAGUACAAACCGUAUUCCAUUAUUGACGAAGAGCCAAUUACUUCUGAGUACAUUAUGAAAGAAAGUGAUCGCCAUCUUAGAGCAAAACAGUUAUUUCACGAAGAGGAGGAAGCAGUGGACCCCAGCAUGGAGCCCUAUUACAUCUCAACUGAGGACAUUGUGGAUGCAGAGCCGGGCUUCACGGAAGUCAAAGCUCACGCACUGGCAGAAAGUGAGAAUGCACCAGAGGAGUUUCCGCUGGUCACCACUGAGACAACAGAACCCAGUGAGUACGCAGCCAUAGGAGACGAUGACUCGCUGUGUGAUGACUCUGGGGGCCGGAUCGAGUGUGUCUCCUCAGAGGACUACGUUGAGAUCGGAGACGACAGUGACGACGAUGACCAUGACCACAGCGGGGGGGAGAACGUGACCAGCUCGUCAUGUCCGAGAACUCUGCCCACAGUUCAGACGUCAGAGUUUUUUCCGAGCCAGAAUAACAACCAGCCCCGAUUUAGGCUUGUUUCCAUCUCCAUGCCAGCGGACGCAGACACCUCCCAGGCCUCGUUAUCUGACAGCCAGCUUCUCUCCCCAGACUCCUCUGAUGUGACCCUGGAUGAACAGGAUCUAGACGGCCACAUUGUCCCUUACUUGGAUGAGAGCACAGACACAGAAGACAACCUGAGCGACGAGCAUGUCUAUGAAGAGGCCGGCUUCGACUCAGAGGGAGAAAAUGUUCUGCAUUUUGGCAGGAAGUCUAUUGUGACCAGGUCUCGGUCGUUGUCAGGGAAAGUGCCCGGUUACGUGCCUGAGACGGUUCUUGAGGAGGCGGGCUCAGAGUUUCACCUUCAGAACUACUGUGUGGUGGGACUGAACCAGAGUGGGCCGUCAUUGAGCAGCAGCCCCAUGUUGAACUCAGCCAGAGGCAAGAGCUUGCGCAAACCACAUCGCUUUCUCUUGUACCCCCGCUCUUUCUCUAUGGAGGGACGGGACCUGCCCCUCUGUGUGUACAGAGAGGACCAGGUCUCCCAGGGGGUGAUGGGGUUGGACAGCCUCUCCUUGCCCAGUGUCAUGGGCUCUUCUAGAAGCUUCUCCCAGCAAAGCCCUGUGCCAUCCAGUGGUCUGUCCACACCUACCUCUGUGGUGGACAUCCCUCCUCCUUUCGAACUGGCCUACAUCACCAAGAAGCCCAUCACCAAAAGCUCCCCGUCUUUGUUUAUCGAGGGAGACUCCCAGGACAGGCAGAAGAAAAAGAAGUCCUCCUUUAAGCGAUUCCUGAUGCUGAAGUUCAGGAGAAAGACAGAGAGUAAGCUCCAAGUGGAUGUCAGUAUCCCCUCCUCCAGCCACCAUGUCCUCGAUUUAGACAAGCACAGCGUGGCCAGCUCUCCGCAGCCCUUGUCCCGGGUCAGUAAGCCCCAACGCUCUCCGGAUUCCCCAUCUACCUUCCUGUUCUAUAAGGACGGGAAAAGAAAAAGGGCUUCUGUGGCCUUCCUCAACCGCGGUGUAGCACGAGUCGAGUCAUUCGAGGAGCGUUCCCAUGCACCCUUCACUCCUCUCCCGCUCACUAAACCCCGCUCCAUCUCCUUUCCCAAUGCGGACACAUCAGACUACGAGAACAUCCCUGCCCAGACUCUCAGCUCCGACUAUGAGAAUGUUCAGAUCCCCACCCGGGGGCCUGUACGACCUGGGAACUUUGCAGGUUUCUUCGACCAUCCGAGUCGUGUGCUGUCCUCUGCCAAUGAGACUGAUGGUUACGUCGAUAUGAGUAGUUUCCCUGGGUUUGAGAGCAAAGCUCAGUCACCUGAGCAAGAGCCUGAAAGUGCCUAUACAGAAGCCUACAACGUGUGCUCCCUUGCUGCUGGUCCGCCAUGGGGGUCAGAGGUUAAGGAGGAGAAAAGGGGAGUGGGGGAAGAGGACCAAGGGCGCACUUCUGAAGAGGAGGAGGAGGGGGGAGGAGCUGAGAGCACUUACGACAGACAGACCGACGGUCGUUCCAGAGCCUUCUACAUUGCCAAAGAGCUGGUGGACACGGAGAGAUUACAUGUAAAAGCCCUCAAGCUUCUCCAGGAGGACUUCAGGGAGGCGGUGGGGGCUGCAGUAGGGGAGGAGGGGGAUCCCGUGCUGGAGGAGGAGAGACUGAGGGAGAUCCUCAACGAGCUGCCGGAUGUUUACACCCUUCACCGCAGAAUCCUCACCGAGUUAGAAAACCGCAUCCGGCAGUGGGAUGAGAGCCAAAGGAUUGCUGAUGUUAUCCUGUCCAGGAAAUCAGAGUUUGUGGUCUUCACAACCUACAUCGGUCACUAUGACCGCAGCAUGAGCCUGCUAGAUGACAGCUGUCGAACCUCGCCUGCCUUCUUGGACAUUGUCCGCCAGUAUGAGCAGCAGAGUCCGGCAGGGGAUAAUGUAUCUCUCAAACACCAGCUUCUGCAGGUCAUCGUACGGGUGGCUCAGUACCGCAUGCUCCUCACCGGUAAAUUACCUGAAACAACCUCUCUUCCAGACUCCAAAGAAUACCAAGACACACAAGCUGCUCUGGUGUUUGUGUCUGACAUUGCUGAUCAAGCUAAUGAUAGUUUGAAACAUGGGGAGAACCUGCUGCGUCUGGUCAACAUACAGUACAGUGUUCAAGGCCAGAGGGAUCUGCUCCAGCCUGGCAGGGUUUUUGUCAAGGAGGGCACUUUGAUGAAGGUCAGCAGGAAGUGCAGACAACCACGCCACCUCUUUCUGAUGAAUGAUGUGCUACUGUACACCUACCCUCAGCAGGAUGGGAAAUACAGACUGAAGAACACCCUCCCACUGACUGGGAUGAAGGUCAGUAAGCCCAUAAUAGAUAAUGUGCAGAGUGUACUGAAGAUCGACGUAGCCGAGAUAUCCAUCACCUUGGCAGCCAGCUCCUGCAGUGAGAGGGAGGACUGGUUCCACACUCUGAGUCGGGUGGUGUCUGACCACGCCAGAGGAGCUGGGACAUUCAGUAGCAGCCCUGGAGAGUCUCUGCACCAGGCCAGGGAACAUCUGUGGCUGCCCCUGGGGGAGAAGGCCCCCACUCUGGUGCCAGUGUCUCAUGUGAUGAUGUGUAUGAACUGCACCUCAGACUUCAGUCUCACGCUGCGCAGACACCACUGCCACGCCUGCGGGAGGAUUGUGUGUCGUGGCUGCUCCAGGAACAGAUACCCUCUGAAGUACCUGAAGGACCGCAUGGCCAAAGUGUGUGACCACUGUUACAGUGAGCUGAAGAAGAGAGGAGGAGAUGUAUCUGGGUCCACUGGUACUGACAGUCCUCGUUCCAACCGUCGCUCCAGCCGCCCACUCUCUGCCGUCUUCCAGAACAUUCACCCUCCCAGCCUGUGGAGACAUCGCAAGGGCACGGCAUCUCUGACCCAGGUGAGUGUGUCGGAGGACGGCUGUAUGAGCGGCAGUCUGCAGCGCAGCAAGAGGACCAAGAGGAACUGGAAGAGGCUGUGGUUCCGACUCAAAGACAAGGUGCUUUACACCUACCAGGCCCGCGAGGAGAAGGUGGCGUCUGAGAGUUUGCCCCUGUUGGGCUUCACGGUGAAACUGCCCGACAGGCCUGGUGGAGAGGAAAUGGCCAACAUGUUUGAGCUGUACCAUAAGAAGACUCUGUACUAUACCUUUAAGGCUGAGGACAACCACACUGCUAAGAGGUGGGUGAAUGCCAUGGAGGAAGCUACAGUUUUAUAGCGGUGGCCAUUUUAGGUGGGUUGUUAAGACUGGAUGGACACUCCUGAACUUUCAGACAUAUCCUGGGGUCUUUGCUGCCAGUGUCCUGCCACAUAUAACCAUCCCACAAGAUGCCUGAAUGUAACACUGAGAGGAAACGUGUAAGACAGAGGAAUAUGUUCACCCGUUAUUCACCAGCUACUGGCUGUGUCUUACUCUGUGGACCAAGAGAGGGUACCAGAAGACACGUUGUUCUUAAUGGAGGGAACACGCUCACCUACUUUGUCACACUCCAACAUUCCUGUCCCGUUGCUACAGCAGGUGUGAAGCCCAGAGCCAGGAGAGGAGCUGGCCCAGAUAUGUACCCUUCUAAAGAAACUCUCCAAGGCCACCUAUGACUUAAACUCUCCAGUUUUCCAUGGAAUCAACCACUCUGGAAGGAAAACGAUUGUGGAUUAUUUUGAUGCUUUAUUAAAGAAGAAUACAUACGUUAAUUGAUCUCUCUAAAUGUACAUGUUAUUUUUGUUUUUUUUACAUUAAGAGUUCUGACAAGAGCUUACAUUUGUAGGUAAAGACCAUACUGUAGAAGGGAAAUAGCAAUUGCAGUAAAUGUGUUUGAACUGCAUGUUCUACUAGAGUACAGCCUACAUCCAGACCAGAGGUCAGGAAAAGGAUGUCAACCACAUGACUGUUGUCUUAAUAUGUGAUUUUUGGCCUGAGCAUGAAAGUAGACCUCCAUGUACUGUGUCUUUAUAUCCCAUUACGCCCAAUAUAUGCUGUCAUGUUCACAGUAAUUAUUUGACCUUUCCAAAUCAUUGGGGCGGUACCUUAAAAAAGAGAUACACGGGGUGAACAAAAUAAGGGAAAUACAUAACAUUAUAUUAAUAUCAAGGACCUAAUAAGGAGUAGGGCCACUCUUUUUGCCUUCAGAACUGCUCCAGUCGUUCCUGGAAUGCUUUCAUACAAGUCCUGAAUUUUGUGUACUCGAAUAUUGCACAUUCAAGAAAGAAAGCCUCCAGUUCUUUGACGGCUAAAAGAGGUCGACAUCUACUUUGCACUCUGCACUCCAGAACUUCCUAUAACGGUUCAAUGAUAUUCAGAUCUGGUGAUUGGGGAGGCCAUGAAAGGCAUUUAACGUCAUCCUGGCGUUCAUAAAACCAGUGUGUAUGGCAGAUGUUACCAAACUAGGGGUUGUGACCCAAUGACUCCCAUUAGAUGGCUGCCCGAACCAUUACAGUUCCCCAACCAUGUUUAAUUAACGGUUGGCAGACACUGUGGGCUGAAGGUAACCUUCGGCUGUCUUUUUUUGGCCUAGGAUACAAGCUGUUUCCAAAUGGCAGUCCUGCCAUACAUUCCAGCUUAGUGAAGCUCACGGUGUACAGUUUUGUUGAAACUGGGUCUCCACUGUGUGGUCAUUUCUGAGGCAGUACUUUCGGGGCAUUGAGCAACUACCGGUAUCCUGUUACGUGUCUGUCUGUCUGUCAGUCAGCUUCAACCUGCGUUCACUGUUCCUUUUUGACAGUUACAUUUUUCUAUGUUCAGCAUUUGUGUUGUCACUUUUGAGACUGUUCCAUUGGCAUAGUGUUUCUGUGACCAAUGCACUUGCAAUUCAGCAACAGUUCUUUUUCCCGUUAUUAUGUCCUCCCCCUUCAUCUCUGUCUUCACUGAAUAAACUCCAUGUUUUGUUUUGUAAAAUUUACUGGAGUUGGCUUCACGUACCUAAAUCUGCCUGACAUUUCAAGGCGCAGGUUCUUCUGGAAGUAUUACGAGUAUCUAGUUCUGUUGCAUGUGUUUCUUAGCAACAUAUUUUUGUUAUUUUUUAUCUGAAAUGGCCUUGCACACAGCAACUACUUAAUGUACAUACUUACGUGGAGAUUUUGAUAGGCAAAGUUUAUUUUGGCUUUAUUUGCACUGAUAAAAAAGAAUGGAACUGAAAGAGGAAGUUAAGUGCACUCUUAAUGUAAUUUUGUUGAUUGUAAGGCGCAGCUAGGACUUGUGUCAGCCACAUGAUGACAGGGGUUUCCCUGAUGUGAAACACUAUGUGCCAUAACCACUGUAGAAGACUUUGAAUUGGAUGAGUUAUUUAUUUCAAAUGCUGGGGUUUCUCAAACAAGUAAAGUGACUGAAGUUGGA